GUUGUUGAAAAUCCGUCGACAGCCCACGACCAGUUUCGCUAUUUUUGGGGCUUAUCAGGUAGGCGAAAUCCCCGGGUUUCCGUCAACCUUAUGUUCUACUUGAAAUCAAAUUGCACGAAAUUAGCUAAUAAACACUUGGUCGUGGGCUGUCGAUGGAUUUUCAGCAACCUUGAGUGGAGUGGUCGCACUCCCAGGUAA